GGGGACGUGGCGGAGGCUCAAGCGGGCGGAGACUGUGACGAGGGCGGAGCCGAAAGCGCCUGGGCGACGCCGCGGGAGGUUCUGGAAACGCCGGCUUGCUGCGCGUGUUCAGUUUCAGAGACCGGUGGCGAUUGGCUGACUGAUUCAACAAAUAGAGCAUUCUCUGUGCCUGGAGACUUUCAAGGACUGAGGCAGGCAGAAAGGAAGACUCAGAAAGUUCAGGUCCAGAGCAUCGGCAAGGUACUGCCCUUUCCAGUUAUGAAGCUCCAGGUGUCAGUGUUGCUGAUGCCCUGGUUCGGUGUCCUGAGCUGGGUGCAGGCAGAAUUCUUCACCUCCAUUGGGCACAUGACUGACCUGAUUUACGCAGAGAAGGACCUGGUACAGUCUCUGAAGGAGUACAUCCUUGUGGAGGAAGCCAAGCUCGCCAAGAUUAAGAGCUGGGCCAGCAAGAUGGAAGCCCUGACCAGCAGGUCAGCUGCCGACCCCGAGGGCUACCUGGCUCAUCCUGUGAAUGCCUACAAGCUGGUGAAGCGGUUGAACACAGACUGGCCUGCACUGGGGGACCUUGUCCUUCAGGAUGCUUCGGCAGGUUUUGUCGCUAACCUCUCAGUUCAGCGACAGUUCUUCCCCACUGAUGAGGACGAGUCUGGAGCUGCCAGAGCCCUGAUGAGACUUCAGGACACGUACAAACUGGAUCCGGACACGAUUUCCAGAGGGGAACUUCCAGGCACAAAGUACCAGGCCAUGCUGAGUGUGGACGACUGCUUUGGGCUGGGCCGCUCAGCUUACAAUGAAGGAGACUAUUACCAUACUGUGCUGUGGAUGGAGCAGGUGCUGAAGCAGCUCGAUGCUGGGGAGGAGGCCACCGUUACCAAGUCCCUGGUGCUGGACUACCUGAGCUAUGCUGUCUUCCAACUGGGUGACCUGCACCGUGCUGUGGAACUCACCCGCCGCCUGCUCUCUCUUGACCCAAGCCACGAACGAGCUGGAGGAAAUAUGCGGUACUUUGAACGGUUGUUAGAGGAAGAAAGAGGGAAAUCACUGUCAAAUCAGACAGAUGCCGGACUGGCAACCCAGGAAAACUUGUACGAGAGGCCCACGGACUACCUGCCUGAGAGGGAUGUGUACGAGAGCCUGUGUCGAGGGGAGGGCGUGAAACUGACACCCCGGAGGCGGAAGAAGCUUUUCUGUAGGUACCAUCAUGGAAACAGAGUGCCACAGCUCCUCAUCGCCCCCUUCAAAGAGGAAGACGAGUGGGACAGCCCACACAUCGUCCGGUACUAUGAUGUGAUGUCUGACGAAGAAAUCGAGAGGAUCAAGGAGGUUGCUAAGCCCAAACUUGCACGAGCCACUGUGCGUGACCCCAAGACAGGGGUCCUCACUGUUGCCAGCUACAGAGUUUCCAAAAGCUCCUGGCUAGAGGAGGAUGACGACCCUGUUGUGGCCCGCGUCAACCGGCGGAUGCAGCAUAUCACCGGGCUAACCGUGAAGACUGCAGAGCUAUUGCAGGUCGCAAACUACGGAAUGGGGGGACAGUACGAACCGCACUUUGACUUCUCAAGGAGCGAUGAGCAAGAUGCUUUCAAGCGUUUAGGGACUGGGAACCGUGUGGCCACGUUUCUAAACUACAUGAGCGAUGUCGAAGCUGGUGGUGCCACUGUCUUCCCUGACUUGGGAGCUGCUAUUUGGCCCAAGAAGGGCACGGCUGUAUUCUGGUACAACCUUCUUCGCAGUGGGGAAGGCGAUUAUCGGACGAGACAUGCAGCCUGCCCUGUGCUUGUGGGCUGCAAGUGGGUCUCCAACAAGUGGUUCCAUGAGCGAGGACAGGAGUUCUUGAGGCCUUGUGGAACAACGGAAGUUGACUGAUGUCCUUUUCUGCUCCACCCCUCCCUGGCCCACAGUCCAAAUCAUCUUCAAGUUCAGUGUGACAGCUUCCUUUGUAUGUCCCAGCUCCUGUCAGGCAGGUCAUUGGAGGAGCCAGUGUUUGACUGAAUUGAGAGAGUAUAUCCUGAGCCGAGUCCUGGGUGACCUGGGCCCCAGACUCUGACCAGCUUAUGCCUGCCCUGGCUCUGUGGGUGUCUUGGCAUGGCUGCGGUAGAGCCAGACUGUAGCACCCAGCACGGUGCCUUCGUACCUCAGAUAUUUCAGGUAGAAGAUGUUUCAGUGAAACCAAAGUUCUGAUGCUGUUUACAUGUGUGUUUUUAUGACAUUUCUAUUUGUUGUGGCUUUAACCAAAAAAUAAAAAUGUUCCUGCCAGAAGCCUUACAUAGCCUU